AUGAGCGACUGGCAAGUGCUCAAGUUCCAGCCGUGGAACAGCGCGCCCGACGUGUCCUUCUGGCAGACGCUCACGGGCCUCAAGCUGGACAAGUUCCAGCUCGACGACCAGGCGCAGGAGAUAAGGGGCUACUUCGCGCCCGGGCGGUCGGAGAAUGUCCCCGCGCGCUUCACCAUCGAUGAGAGCGCGUUCCCAAGCACUGACGGGGCUCAGACGGACGACCGCGCGCGGUACGAGUGGGGAGCGCCCGGAUUGCUCUUCAACACGAACACGCUAGAGGCUUUCAAGACGCUGGACAAGGCCAAGCUGCUGAAAGACGCGGGGGAGAAGAUCCUGGAUCUGGUUCUAGGCAACGAGGGUGGGGACGUCUCUGUCGACCACCUGAACAGCUUCGUGCUGCUCACCUUCGCCGACUUGAAGAAGCACUCGUUCCUGUACUGGUUCGGCUUCCCGGCGUUGUCCCCACCGGCACCGUUCCAGUACCGGGCCCCUCCAGCUGCCGCAUCGUCGGUGCUGUCUACCAAGGAACAGCGUCUGGCUGAAAGUGCCAGCUGUGAGCAGGUCGUGAGAGUUCUGGAUGUGCAGAAGUGGAAAGCAGCGGACCACAACGCUGAUGGUGUGGUGGAGACGCUCUUUGGGUUUGUAGACCCAUGUCCGUUGAAGACAAACCCAGGAUGGCCGCUGCGGAACUUCUUAGCGCUGCUGACGGCGCUCCCAUCUGAAAAAGUGGACCUUUCACGUCCGCUCAAGAUCAUUUCCUUCCGUGAGCACGUCCACCAGUUUACUGAGGUGCCGGACGACUUCAAGUGGAAGAGCUCCGUGGUGCAAGAUGUGCGCGUUGUGGGCUGGGAAGCCAACGUUCGCGGUAAAAUGGGACCUCGGAUGAUGGAGCUCGGCGGCAUUCUGGACCCGAUUCGCCUUGCAGAAACGUCGGUGGAUUUGAAUCUGAAGCUGAUGAGGUGGCGCCAGCUGCCGUCGCUAGACUUGGAGCUGCUCGCGCAGACAAAGUGCCUGCUACUCGGAGCAGGUACGCUGGGUUGUUACACUGCACGGAGCCUCCUCUCGUGGGGUUUCCGCAACAUCACAUUCGUGGACAACUCUACGGUGAGUCACUCAAACCCCGUUCGCCAGCCCCUGUUUGAAUUCAACGACGUCGGGAAGCCGAAGGGCGAGUGUGCAGCGAACGCUUUGAAGCGUAUUUUUCCGUUGGUGAACUCGCAAGCUGUGAAUCUAACGAUCCCCAUGGCUGGUCACGCCCUGAGCAGCCCGCAGUUAGCGGAGGAGGCAAAGAAGGGCCUCGAGACGCUGGAGCAACUGAUCGAGUCCCAUGACGUUAUCUUUAUGGGCACGGAUUCGCGCGAGAGUCGCUGGCUGCCGACUGUGAUCGCAUCGUCGAAGAAGAAACUGCUUCUAAAUGCGGCAUUGGGCUUCGACAGCUACUUGGUCAUGCGCCACGGCGUUCAUCCUGACCACGGGCAUGGAGGUGACGCAACGAAGCCAUCACUGGGUUGCUACUUUUGCAACGACAUCGUGAGCCCUCGUGACUCGCUGAAAGACCGUACGCUAGACCAAAUGUGCACGGUCACCCGCCCCGGUCUCGCUCCGAUUGCUGCAGCGACGGCUGUGGAGCUUCUGGUUGCGGUGCUACAUUCCCCUCAAGGGAAGUAUGCGGAUGCUGAGAAGCCUAGCGACGGCUCCGUUCCGAUGGGUUACAUCCCUCACCAAUUUCGAGGGUUCCUGAAUGCAUUUCAAAACAUGGUCAUCACCGGCGAGGCGUUCGAUAAGUGCAUUGCGUGCAGCUCAAAGGUCCUCGCUGCAUAUGACGCGGGUGCGCUGGGUCUAUUGACGAGUGCGUGCAAUGCGACGGCGUAUUUGGAGGAGCUCACAGGGCUCAAUCAGCUCACGGAAGAGGCUGACUCAUUGAUGGUUGACCUUGAAGACAGCGACGAAGACGGAGACAUGAUCUAG